AUGUCUGAUUCUCGGGAUAAUCUCCGCUCCUCGGCGGACACCAAUCGUCCGACGGCAGAACAAGCAUGCAGGGAAUGUCGGAGGAGGAAGUCAAAGUGCAAUCGCAUCAUACCGGCUUGUCUGCUUUGCCUCAAGUAUGAUCGCAGAUGUAUCUACGAAAAACAUUCCAAGACACCGCUCACGCGGAGAUAUUUGACGGAGGUGGAGGAGGAGCUUGCACGGACAAAGGCGCAGCUAGAGCAGGUUUUGUCUGGCGCGCGAGGAUUGAGGAAUGAAGAAUCGGUGUCGUUGAAUCAGGAUUUGCAGGGGAUGCCGUCAGGACCUCGGACUGUUUUAUCUGGGUCGAGGGUAAGUCAUGAGAGCCCGGCAGGACAUGUUGGGACUUCAGAUGUUGGGCUGGCUUCUGGUCAGUCACCUGGGGUGCAGCCAACACAUGGACAGACGAUGCCCAUGACGUUUAGCCCGGCCAAUGCUUCGAGACAGGAUGUUCAAAGUACUCUUCCACGGGCCUCGCCCAGGCCAUCCUACGAUACACCGCAAAACCGACAAUCAGAGCCAGACAUGCAGUCGAUCAAUGCCUCGGGUCUCUCCAUGGAAACACCUCCAGCCUCUGGUGGCUUCGAAUGGGAUGAGCGAACAGGCAAGGCCAGCGGGGAUAAAUUCGUGGAUGGAAUGGCUAGCUUGACUAGUCGGUCUAACGAAGGAGGAUAUCUCGGCGUUGCGUCUGGUGCUGCGUUACUUCGAAUGACACAUGCAAGAUCUACUGAUGGAGUCGACACGUACGGCCCAGAGCAAGAUGAGAGGACGGAUUCCGGACAUAGUAUGUCGUUCGCAUUGACGACGCUAUCACAACUCGAACCCUUUAUCGAUGCAUAUUUCCGUCUCUACCACUGCUCUUAUCCUCUCAUCCAUGAGGCGACAUUCCGAGCCCAGUUCAUGGAGGUAAUCCCCAGACCCUCAAACAAUGCAUGGCAAGUCCUACUCUUCGUAGUCGCAGCGUUAGGCGCAUUCACAACAGCCACACACCCCACAGACGUGGAUCUAGGCCUUUUCCAAGCUGCUAAAUCCAGACUCUCCAUCGACGUCCUCGAAACCGGCAACAUCCUCCUAGUGCAAGCCCUAAGUCUCAUCUCAAACUACCUCCAGAAAAGAAAUAAGCCGAACUCGGGAUACAAUUAUAUGGGGCUGGCGAGACGGAUUGCGAUGGGGACUGGGCUUCAUAAAGAGUUUCCCACGUGGGAGAGCGGUUUGUUGAAUGUUGAGAUGAGGAGACGUGUGUUUUACUGCCUUUAUAUUUUUGAUAUUGGGGGGAUUAUCACGUUCUCCCGGCCGCUGGAUUUUCCGAACGAUGGUGUUGAUGUGGAGUUGCCUAUGAAUGUGCAUGAUAGUGACAUCACAGCAGGGACAAAACGAAAACCACCCCCAGCAGCCGAGACAACAGUUUACACCCACCUACUAGCACAAGCCAGCUUCCACAAAGCCACCAGCCAGAUAUACUCCCGAAUCAUCUCCUCCCCAUUCCCAUCCGCUGCAGAGCUAAUCGGGCUAGACGACCACCUAAUCGGGAACUGGCUGACCGAACUACCAUCCUUCUUCAAAGAGAACAUUCCACAAACACCCAAAUUCACACUCUGCCACGCGAUAAUGCGCUGGAGAUACCGCAAUUUCCGAAUCCUAAUGUACCGCCCCUUCUUAGUAGGCCGACUCAUGGUCCGCCAGGAAUUGGUCACAGAGGAUCCCCACGUCGAAGUAGCCGUGCAGCGGUGUCUAGACGCAGCACGGGAAUCCGUGGAGUUGAUAUCUGCAUUCUGGACACAAAAAGGUCAGAGUAUGAUGGCCUGCUGGUACGGGCUCUACUUUCUCUUCCAGGCUAUUCUUAUACCGGUUAUCUGUCUACGAAACGAUCCACGAUGCGUACUUGCUGUUCAAUGGCGUGAGCAGAUAUACCAAGCUAUGCAGGUGCUCGAGUCGAUGGCGCCGCUGAAUCCAACGGCUCUGCGAUGUCUCGGUGUUAUUCGAUCACUAUGCGGAACGUAUCUCGAUCCAAAUGCUGGAUUGGGAUAUCCGACGGAAGAGUCGCCGCAGACGCAACUGGCGAAUUUGUAUCCGUUGAUGUGGCCGACGCUAGAGAUGGCGCAGUUGGAUGGUGUUGAUUCGAUUUUACAAGAAUCAACAAUAUUAGACUUUAUGAACCAGUUACCAGGUUUCGAAUAG